GUUUGAAAAAAAAUACAAAAGAGCCUGUUAUCGAAGCUUUAAAUGAUGGUGAUAAUAGGAAAAUACAAAAGCCAGCUCCUGCAGUUAAACGAGCUCUUGCAGCUAAACGAGAUCGAAAGAAGAAGGAGCCUAUUAUCGAAACUUUAAAUGAUGAAAUAACAGCACCUAUUAAUCAAAAGAAAAAUAACAAAGUUCAUGGUGAUGAUGAAUGUAUUGAUGGCAAUGAUAGCGAAGAUGAUGAUGGUGUUAUAGAUUAUGAUGAUAUUGAAGAUGAUGAUAAUAAUGAAUGUGAUAAUGAAAAAGAUGAUAAAUUACCUGCUGAAAGACCAACCAUUUCAGUUAGUGAACUUUUAGAAACAAGCGAUGGCUAUCUUUCAAAAGAUAAAAAAAAUGUUAUAAGUGUCAAACAUAAACCUCUUGCACCGAUUACAAACAACAUGCAUAUUAACAAGCUUCGUAAUAACUCAUUAAAUAAUUCAAAUGAAGCAACUAAUAGAAAUUUAAAUUAUAAUUCACAUUUAAUUAAUACACCUUGUUAUACUACGCUACAUUCAUCAUCAUGUUACACUAAUACAUGUCAAUCUAUCCACGUUCACCAUGUUCGACUGAUAUGCGUUCAUCUAUGA